AUGCCUCUCCUUGUGACGUUUGGGAAGGAGACCAGACUGACUCUUGGAGCACCAAUGAUAACCAUUGAUUUUUACGUAUAUAGGCAUCGCAAAAAUGGAAGUCCAGGACGUGGACGAACUGGGGGUUCAACUCCAGCCCGAAACAACUCACAAAACCAAAACCAAAACCAAAAUCAACAGCUGCGCAGCCUAGACAACUUGGGCCCACCCCGCGUCACCGUUUAUUGGCGUGCGGCUCCUCCCCGUUCCCUCUUCACUGGGGGUCCUAUCCCAGGCACCAAUGCCCGACAAGGACAAGAGAGGUCCGACUACCAAGUCAUCGUCAAUACCUCUUACCCACGCUGUCACGACCCUCAUGCUAUUGUAUUCCACAGUGUCUACGGAGAACGUGGUGCUCACAUUGAACAUAGUGAGCUAUACGGAACUCCUAACCCCUACUACGCCUAUGACUGCCAAUUUGUUCAGAUGCUGGCAGAUUACGCCUUCUUUCGUGACGGGGUAAACCGAGAAGACUAUCACCCGACUCUCACUAGUGACAACAAUCUCGUUGCCGAAGGCCCACCAUUCAAAAGUAUCUACCUCGAAAACAGGACCGGCCACAGAAUGUACAUUCAACAACUGCAGGCCACUGGAGAUCGAAAUGAGUACUAUGUUGGUGUCGCCGUCAUCCCACCAGGCACAAAGCACAGGAUUGUCAAAAUCCGAAACGCCACCAUCCAACUCGAGUAUACUUGGGAGUCCGUUCGCACCCGAACCACAUACGCAGCCUUGAUCAAAUGCCCUAAUGAGGCUGCCCUCUCCUCUGGAAGACUUCCAGAUUGUCUACUCAAUCAAACUCCCGAUAGGCCUUACGGGUUGGUCAUUUCGGGUACUGAGGAUGGUGGCUUCAAAUUUCUUUUCCACCGUAGUGGCAGCGAUUAUUGGUGA